GCUUCAAGGCAGAGCAAAGCACGCGAGCGACGGAAUAUAGGGGGGAAUCAAAAUGCUAUGAUGGCGACAGCUGCAGAGGAGAUCUGCUCCAGCCAUGCCAUCUCAGAAAACACUGACACAUCCGUGUCUUUCAAAUCCGCAAGGAAAAACCAGGAUAGAACCUGGAAACUGAGGUUUAUCUAUCUGCAGUGCUAUUUUUUAACUAUCGCUACAAUUCUGGGAACCGGGAUCCUGGGAUUGCCGGUAACAAUAGCUCGAGCAGGUCUGCUACCUUUCCUGACUUCUUUUCUAAUUGGCUUUCUUGUGCAGGCUUUGCUCAUAUACCUGUUUGUGGAUUUGCUGCAGAGAUGCCGUUUAGCCCAGCUGGAGACAAUAAAGCCUUUGGAGACUUCGGAGAGAAUCUCAAUGGAUGAUGUCGGUUCUGAUGAACAUCAGACUCUUAACACAGAAGAGGAAGAAUAUGGAGAGGACAUGGAGGCAGAUACAGGUCUUCUGCAAAGAGAUGCCACAGCACGAAGGCAAAAGGAGGAACUUCAGCCAAAUCUGCACAUCCUGGGAGUUCUCUUCCUGGGAAAGCACACCAGCCGUGCCUUCAACUUUGUUCUCCUCUUUCAAUUUGUGUCUAUCGGGAUCAGUUACGUCUUGGCAGGAAGUGAGGCCUACGCAGCACUUUUUCAUACCAGUCAUGUCUACGUGAUCCCCGCCUUUACAUGGACGCUCUCAUUAGGUAUUCUGCUGGCCCAAACGAUCAUUCAACCAAUCACGUCACUGCUGACGCUCCUCAAAGGGAUUCUACUGGUCAUUACGGUGGCCGUGACAUUUGUUGUGGGUUCAGAAGUUCACCAGGAGACCACAAAUGACUUCACCCAAAUCGGGAAACCUUUUCUAAUGGGAACAGUUGCUCUCGGUGGAAUAGUCAACGUCAUGCCGUUCCUGUUUUCAGAAAUCUCCCAUGUUAAAACACAGGUCUUAUGGUUCAGGAGAGCUGUACUAGGAGGUCUUGCCACAUGCACACUCCUUAAUAUAUUAUGGUGUUGGGCAGUAUUAGAGAUCGUUCCCCAGUUGGCCGUUCAAUCGGUGCUGGAGCAGAGAGUCUUAAACAACAGCGCAGGACAAACAGAGACGAUCCCGUUUGUACACACAUUUGUCUACUCCAACAUUUCCCUGGAGGAGUCAGAGAAGGCAGGGGAGAUAGCGACGAUACCUCUGACCAAGAUCAUUACACAGCGGUACAGCCGGUUCUCUUGGGUGGCGGAGCUGAUCCAGAUCUUCAUCACCAUCAGUGUAUCCGUCAGCUUCCUCGUGAUGGGCACGGCCAUGAAGCACACAAUCGACGGUCUGGUCAGCACACACUGGACAGAGAACGCAGAAUUGAUGGCAAGAAUCAGCGCGAGGCUUUUGCCCCAUAGCUCACAGUGGAGGACAUUAGCCCAGAGCAUACAGCACUGCAGACGGUUCUUCUGUGGCUUCUCGUCCUUUUUGGCAUUUGGUGUGAUUUUUGUCGUUUCGGCUUGUGAUCCGAAGGGAUUUGUUGUCAUGCUUGACAAAGUGGUAUCUUUCUCCCUAAACACGGAGGUGGGCCUGUUCAUCUUUCUGAUGCUGAGGACCUCCAGGUCGGAGCGCUUCAAACAUAUCACAGUGCCUUUGCCAGUGACCGCGAGACUUUUCAGUCUUUACUGGCUGCUUCCCAUCUACUUCCUGUUCGCUGUGGUUUACGACGUCUUCCAGAGCCUUCUUGAGAUCACAGAGAACAUGUCUCACACGCUCCACGCCAACUCUUCUCUCCUCUGAGAAGCCCCGACAUUUGUGAGUGGAUGUCAGGUGGGGCAGCGUAUGCUGUGGCGAUCCCUCAGGAACGGUCAGCUAUUACCACACACUGUGCCAGAGACCCAGGCCAAACACAGCUAACGUGUCCAGCGCUCCAGAGAUUUGCACAAUUAUAUUAGACACUGAUCACAGGAUGAGCCUGAGGCAAUCCUGCCCAAAAACCUCAUUUAUAAUACCACACCAGUUGUGCAACAUGAGCAGAGGGCAUUUUCUGUGCUUGUUUUGCUGACGGCACCUCACGCAAGACAUUUAUAGACUUUCAGAGGGCAGACUGGCCCCCCCUUCAUGCAUGUUUUAUAUAUCCCCGUUAUUUUAAUUCAGUAAAUUGCAUGAACUCUCAGUGAAACAUACUGGAGUUAUUUUGAUUGCAUCUACAAUACACAGUGAUUAAAUGUGCAGUUGCAUCAUCAAAGCAGGCGAGAAGUGCUGCUCCUAGAAAAAAAUUAUAAAAAUCAUAGUCUGUUCUUUAAAGAAAAUUUAAUCUAAAACAACAAAUCAAAACGCAAGGCGUGAGGUGCUUUACAUAAAUCACCACACCAGAGCUUUUGUUGUGUAUUAUUAUUUAAUUGUAUUUAUUUAACUAAUGUAACCAAUGUACUAAGAAACUGCUAAUAUUCAUUUAUUGUGCAUCUAUGAGAGAAAAGGUGCGCCUAAAAAUAAAAAUCUGCUU